UCUCAACGGGCUCGACCUAUAUAUUCAUCUCACGCCUUCACAUUUCUUUCACGUCACUCGGUCCUCCUCCCCUUUCCCGUUUCUCUCUUUCUCUCUUCUUUUUAAACCCAUGGAUCUUCACUUUCAGCCAAACCAAGUGGUGGGUUUCACUUAAGUUCCCGUCUUUUAUCCAAAUUCUUCACCUUUGAGUUCAUAAAACUCCAUUCUAGCCCAGUACUAAAACUCUCUGUUUCAUCAUCCUCUGUUUUUUGCAUUCAACAUUUCAUGGUUGAUAGAACCAACAUGUCUUCGAGUGGUGCUAAUUCGUGUGGCUGGAGUUUUCUCCAGGCUCUCACCAAAAAUUCACUCUAUGCAAAAGAACAAGACACCGGAAAUGACAAGGUGUAUGUGAACCCACAUGCUAACCGCUCUUAUUUUAGGCUAAGCGAAGAAAGCCUUCGAAUGUGCACAGAAAGCUUGUGCAGCGAGACAGGUAGUGCUUUCACAGAAAGCAAUAUCGAUGAAAUCGCUUUGCUUUCAGUAGUUACUGAAACUGGUCCCUGGAAGCAGUCUUCGAAAUUGGACGGCUUUCGGGUGUCGAAGAAGUUGAAUCAUUGCCGUAGUUUUCCUCCACCCUUGACAUCCAUUAGUGGCUCUAAUGGUGUACAAGUUAAACCUCACAGAGAAGGCGGUAGGCUUGUUUUGAAAGCUGUUACAGUCCGGUCUUCUCGUGGACUGUUUCAUGCUGAGCGUGGAGAUGGCAGGCUUAGGCUUCGGUUGGUCCAAGAUGAAGGAUUUGAUGAGGAGGAGAAUGAAGAAGUUGCUCAAGAAGAAGGGUUGGAAACUGGAGUUGUUAAAAAAGAAGCAGAACAAGUUUUGGUUGAUUCUGAUAUUGAUGAGCAGGAGGAGGAGGAGGAUAUGAGUGGCGGUGUUGGAAAUGAGAUGGGAAUGGGGAAACUUCCAAGGCCAAGCAGGUGCAUGGAAAGUGGCCAUGGGAACAUAGCGUUACUGAAUUGGGAGCCUGUCUGGUUGGCUGCUUAUAGGCUCACUGUCUGAAAAAAUCACUGUUGUUAUCAUUACUUCUGUCCAAUUUUCCAUUUUUUUUAAACUAAGUGUUAUAGUUUUGAUUUCUUGUGCAUUGGGUUUCCCAAAGAAGUAUGUUAGUAGUGGCUAUUUAAGUUGUCAUAAUUAUAUGUGCA